GCCUGUUGUUUUCACCUGUCUUCUACAGCAACCAAGUGUGUCAGGAUCCGAAUCAUUUCUCACAAAUUCAUCCAUAGCCAACUACAGUGUACAGCUAUAGUCAUGUCUCUAUCUGGUGACAUCUGCCUUGUUACAGGUGCCUGUGGAUUCUUGGGACAAAGGAUUAUUAUGUUGCUCCUGGAGGAGGGUGUGACAGAGAUCCGUCUGCUGGACAAAGUCAUUAUCCCUGAAGUUAUCAAGGUUGUGAAAGAAUCCGCACAUCACACAAAGGUGAAUGUUUUUGAGGGAGACAUUCGGAGCGAAGGACAUCUCCGAAAAGCCUGUCGAGGAGCUUCCACAGUCAUACACACAGCAUCCAUCAUCGAUGUAAUUGGAUCAGUAGACUACAGUGAACUCUACGAGGUCAAUGUAACAGGCACCCAGCUCUUGCUGGAAACUUGUUUUCAAGAGAACGUGGCCUCCUUUAUCUAUACCAGCAGUAUUGAAGUGGUUGGCCCCAACGAACAAGGAGACCCAGUUUUUAAUGGUGAUGAAGAAACUCCUUAUUUCUCUCAACUGAAGUUCCCUUACAGCAAGACCAAAUGGGAGGCUGAGCAGAUGGUCCUUAAGGCCAAUGGCCAGCCCCUAAGCAACGGGGGCAGUCUAGCCUCCUGUGCCUUGCGACCCACUUAUAUCUAUGGGAAUGGCUGCCGUUUCCUACAAGGCCAUAUGACCAAUGGUGUCCGCAACAGAAACGUACUGCAGCGCAGUUCUCAUCCAAGGGCCAAGGUGAACCCUGUGUAUGUGGGGAAUGUUGCAUUUGCCCAUGUUUUGGCUGUCCGGGCACUGAAGGACACACAGAAGCGAGUUACAGUUGGAGGCAACUUUUACUUUAUUUCAGAUGACACCCCUCAUGCCAGCUAUUCAGAUUUCAAUUACAUGGUCAUGUCACCACUAGGGUUUGCGAUUCAAGAACGACCAGUCCUGCCUUUUUCCCUCUUAUUCUUUUUGUCCUUUCUUCUGGAGAAACUGCAAACAUUUCUCCGUCCCUUUUUCAAGUUCACUCCACCCUUGAACCGACAACUACUUACGAUGCUGAACACACCUUUUACGUUCUCUUACCAAAAAGCCCACAGAGACCUAGGCUACACUCCACGCUAUGACUGGGAGGAGUCACGCAAAUGCACCACUGACUGGUUGGCCUCUAUUUUUCAAACCAUGAGAGAACAAUUUAAUCAAUGAAAUCACAAAUGAAAUCUGAGGAACAUAUGGCAUGCUAAGUUUCUUUUGGAAAAAGGAAGCACGUUACAAUUAUGUGAUCUUGUAAUUAAAAGAACCUGUCACUGAAACAUUUUACAUGAAUAUAUAAUAGUAUUAUUUUACAAUAAUAUAUAAUAUAUAUAAUAUAUAUUAGUAUAUUGGAAAAGCAAUGGAACUGGUCACUUUUGGGCUCACAGAAAAAUAAUAACUCAACAACAGUAUUAGUAUUAUUCUAAGAGAGAGAUAUAAAUUGAAAAGUUUAUAAUUGUCAGAACAAGCGUGAGUGAGUCCACUUGUAGGGUGUGGAAAUAAGAAUAUUUGGCAUGUUUUAUGUUUAAUAAAAAAAUACUAUAAUCAGAAAA